AUGAUAAAAAAUGGUACAUGCCCCUAUUGGGAACGUGAUGAUCUUUCGGAAUGUGCUAGGCGAGAAUAUAUCGAGUUUAAAUUUCCUCUAUUUAUAUUGUUGACUGGUAUGAUAUACGCGUUUUGCAAAGUCUUUCGAGCCUUUUAUCUAAGGGGGAAAAAUCAUACAAAUGAAGCGCCAGAAUUUGAAGAACAAGGUAAUGGAAACCACGAAUAUGCAAGGUUCUCAGUUUUAAGACUAAAAUCUGCAUGGGAAAGCCGUAGCUUUUGUAAUGUUAAUAAUAGAUCUACUUUCGACAAAUUCAAAAAAUUUAUAGAGGGUGCCUUCAUUGUUUUGCAGCUUACUAUCCACCUGUAUAUUUUAUCUAGUAUGCCAAUGGAUAACAAAAAGUUCUUUCACCAAGGUUUUCUGGUUCAAAUGUUUCUCUGGAUUUUACUGCUUGUUGUUAUUACACUUCGUUUAAUUUCAGCAAGCCAGUCAUUUCGGUGGGUUUUAGCAUGUAAGCGUGAUUUAUGGGCUGUUUCGUUUUACUCAUAUGCAUCCCUGUUUACUCUUUCGAUUUUACCUCUUCGUUCCGUCUUCAUUGGAAAGAUAAAAGAUAAAAUUAUGGUCAAAUAUAUCAUUUCCGAGACUUUCAUUGAUUUAGCGCUUUUAUUAUUAUUAUCAACGUCAAGUAUAGAAGGAACUAGGUACUCAUUUUUGGUUGAAAAUGAGAACAAAAAGUUGCCACCGGCUCCUACCGUCUUUGGCCUUCUUACUUUUUCUAGGAUUGAUCGGCUUAUUUGGAAAGCAUACAAACACUGCCUUGGAAACGCUGAUAUUUGGGAUUUGGAUAUUAAUAAUAAGUCUAUAGCAAUUUUGGCGAACUUUGAAAUGUCUUCUAAAAAAGGAAGGCUCCUUCCAAACAUUAUUUGUUAUUUUAAGGCUGUUUUCAUCUCCCAAUUAUUUCUGGCUUUUGUAUCUAGUUUUUUGAACUUUGUACCCUCAUUGUUGAUGCCAAGAAUACUAUCAUACGUUAAUGACCCAAAGUCAAAAUCAUGGAACUUGGUGUCUUUAUACGUCUCAUCUAUGCUCGUCAGUAAAAUCAUUGCCACGACUUGUAGAGGUCAAGGAUUGUUUUUAGGUGAAAAGGGUACUAUGCAACUAAGAACAGUUUUGAUAUCCAAUAUCUAUUCCAAAACCUUAAGAAGAACAAUUCUAAAAGACUCAACAACGUCACUUCAAAAAAAUGCGUCAACAUCCUUUGAAGAAAAUCCUGACUCUUCUGAAGCGGAACCUAGAAAAAAGUCUAGUAGGAAAGACAACUCUGUGAACAAUGUUAUGUCAAUUGACGCUUUCAAGGUUUCUGAAGCUAUGAACACUUUUUAUCUGGCAUGUGAAGCAGUUUUCAUGACAGUUACGGCCCUAAUGAUACUAUAUUCCCUACUGGGAUGGUCCGCCUUUGCUGGUACCUUUGCUCUUCUUGCCAUGAUUCCUUUGAAUUUUUGGUGUGCAACUUUUUACGGGAACUAUCAGGCCGAUCAAUUAAUCCUAACUGACAAGCGUACCUCUGGGAUUAGUGAGGCUCUGAACUCAAUACGUGUAAUAAAGCUACUGGCAUGGGAAAAUCUGUUUUAUCAAAAGAUUAUAAACGUAAGAGAUGGGGAAAUAAGACUCCUUAAAAAGAAGGCAACAAUUUUCUUUUUGAACCAUCUCAUUUGGUUCUUUGGGCCCACUUUGGUCUCUGCAAUAACAUUCUCAGUGUUUAUUAAAUUCCAAAAUCAGACACUUACUCCUACAAUAGCAUUUACAGCUCUUUCUUUAUUUGCAAUAUUGAGGACACCCAUGGACCAAAUUGCUUCGACUGUCAGCCUUUUGAUACAGUCUUUUAUUUCUCUUGAAAGAAUCCAGGAUUAUCUUAAUGAAUCAGAAACAAGAAAAUAUGAGAUUUUGGAACAAAGCAAUACUAAAUUUGGCUUUGAAGAUGCAAGCAUGGAAUGGGAAGCUGCUGAAACAAGUUUUAAACUUAAGAACAUUUCUAUUGAUUUUAAGCUGAAUAGUCUCAACGCAAUUAUAGGUCCGACUGGGUCAGGAAAGUCUUCGCUAUUACUUGGACUAUUGGGAGAAUUGAACCUUCUUUCUGGAAAAAUAUACGUACCUACAGUUGAAUCCCGCGACGACUUAGAGAUUGGUAAAGACGGAAUGACGAAUUCAAUGGCAUAUUGUUCUCAAACUCCGUGGUUGAUUAGUGGAACAAUUAAAGAUAACGUUGUUUUUGGAGAAAUCUUCAACAAACAAAAAUUUGAUGAUGUAAUGAAAUCCUGUUGUCUUGACAAAGAUAUCAAAGCAAUGACAGCUGGCAUAAGAACAGACGUGGGUGAUGGAGGAUUUUCCUUAUCUGGCGGACAGCAGCAAAGGAUUGCUUUAGCCAGAGCAAUUUACUCCUCUUCCAGGUAUUUGAUCCUUGAUGAUUGCUUGAGUGCAGUAGAUCCUGAAACUGCACUUUAUAUAUAUGAAGAGUGUUUAUGCGGCCCCAUGAUGAAAGGAAGGACCUGCAUCAUUACGAGUCAUAAUAUUUCUUUAGUUACGAAACGGGCUGACUGGCUUGUGAUUUUAGAUCGUGGCGAGGUGAAAUCACAGGGUAAACCAUCGGACCUCAUUAAAUCUAAUGAGUUUUUGAGGGAAAGCAUAAACAAUGAUUCAAAAAAUACAACUCACAAUCAAAUUGACUUGAAAAGAUCAACAACAUCAAAGAAAACUAAGAAUGGAGAUCCCGAGGGAGGGAACUCGCAAGACGAAGUGUGUGCUGAAGUUGAAAAUUUUGAGGAAACAAAAAUGGAAGGAUCAGUUAAAUUUUCAGCUUACAAAUGGUUAGCAGACUAUUUCGGGGGACUGGGAGUUGUUUUUGUUUUCACCUCGUCCUCCAUCCUUAUUCAUGGAAUCACACUGUCUCAGGGCUUUUGGCUCAGAUACUGGCUGGACACUGGAUCUUCAGGGAGUAAGUCUACCUGGCUUUAUAGAAUAGUUGAGGGUCACUCUAACAUCUAUUUCUUACUGACUUAUAUUAUCAUAGGUCUUGUUUCUUCAUUUUUAACUUCUGGUAAAGUUUGGAUAGCAAUAAUUUCAGGUACCAACGUCACCAAGAAAAUAUUUGCGAAGCUUCUAUCCAGUAUCUUAUAUGCCAAGUUACGUUUUCAUAAUGUCACGCCGACUGGAAGAAUAAUGAACAGAUUUAGCAAGGAUAUGGAUAUUAUUGAUCAACAAUUGAUCCCUAAUUUCGAAGGACUCUCUUAUAGCGUCGUUGUUUGUCUGUGGAUUAUACUUUUAAUUGGAUAUGUUACUCCUCAAUUUCUGUUAUUUGCUAUUCCUUUAUGCGCUCUUUAUUAUACCGUAUGUACGUUAUAUCUUCGUGCAUCUAGAGAGUUGAAGAGAAUAGAUAACAUCAAUAUCUCUCCAAUACACCAGUUAUUCGCUGAAGCCAUCAAAGGAGUAACUACAAUUAGAGCAUUAGCAGAUGAGCGUAGGUUUAUCACUCAAUCUUUGGUUGCAAUUGACAGAAGUAAUGCUCCAUUUUUUUAUCUCAAUAUGGCCACCGAGUGGAUCACAUAUAGAGUGGAUAUAAUUGGGACACUUGUUCUUUUUAGUUCUUCUGUAAUGAUCAUAAUGAAGGCCUCAUAG